GUUUGGUGAAGCCCUAAUUUACGCGGACAAAUCUCUGCAUAGUCCGCUGAGAGAGGGAACUGAGCGCAGACGUGCGGAGCAGAUGGGUACCGGAGGGUCAUGAGUCAGAGCCAGGAAACGCACCACACUGGGCUGUGGAGUCUUUUUGUCAGUCACUUAUGGCAGAGAUGGCAUCUUCCAAAUAUAAGGUGUCCCUUAAGAAAAAGCUCAGCUCAGAGCUCAGCGUGGUGGUCAGCAGUCUGAGGAAGGAGCGUGGCCACCUGAAGCAAACACUGGCUGAGCUGUCGUGUCAGCAUGCACAACUGUACCGGCUAGUGGAGAGGGUGCUCUCUCUUGAAACUGUCCGACAGGGGAGUUGUCAGCAUCACGAGGUCAAAGACCAGAGGACUGCUUCGGCGUCAGAGCGCUGCAGCGAGAGAGGUGGCAGCCUGGCGGAGGGGGGGGGCAUCACCUGCGAGGUGGAACAACUCAGGAGCCAGAUUGCGAACAUGUCAGCAAGAUGCCAGCGUCUCGAGAAGAAAGUGGCAGGAAAGAAGUACCUCAUGCCAAAUUCACAGGGUUCCACUACCAGUGUAGAAGAGCUCCAACACCUGCUAAGAGAUGCCUUGGAGAAGAACAAGCACUGGCUGGAAUAUGACCAGCAUCGAGAGGCCUAUGUGAGGGGAAUUCUGGACAGAAUGUUAUGGCUGGAGAAGCAGCUGAACGAAGCCAAUCAAGCCCGUUCAAUGGAACACAAAGAAGACCAUUCAGAUGAGAAGAAGGAACUAGUUGAGAUGCAGGAGCUCUAUGAAACGUUCUUGCACAAAGCCAAAGACGACCUGGAGGAGCUCAGGAAGGAGGUUGACUUGACACACAAGAGCCUGGUUGAAAUGAGAGAAAUGAGUUUGUUGGAAGAUCACUGCUGCUUUGAGAAUGAAGAUCAACAGCUGAGAGAGCUCCAGUGCAGGCUGGAUGUGGUAAAACGCAGAUCAGCAAACUAUGAGCUUCAGGCAAAUCUCAUUCAGAAAUGUAUGUUAAAUCGACAUCAUGAAGACCAGGAGAGAAUUGCGGACCUGGAGCGACAGAUGAAGAUUUCAUCACAGGACCUUGAGGAUGAGAAGCAGGAUUGUUCCUAUUUAAAGAAGCAAAUGAUCAGAGUCCUGAAGACGCUACAAAAAACUAAAAAGCGUGUGACAAAAGAGUCAAAGAGAGAACAAGAGGAUCCUCCCUCCUGUGAAGAGGCACAGCCACCCUCCCAGCUGUCCAGACAGAACGUUGCAUCCUCCUCCUGCAGCAGCUUCUUGAAUGAAAGCUUCCUGGAAUGCCCGGGCUGCCUGGCUGAGUACCCUGCAAGUCACUACAGGGAACUCAUGAACCACAUGGAAAUUUGUCUUGACUGAUCUGCACUUUAAGCCUCAAAGGUUCUGUGUCAUUUAAAUGAGGAAUUAAUUUUGACUCAUACUGUUAAACACAAGUUAUCUUAAUAAAGGUCACUGUUCAGCUGC